AUGGCCCUUUUCAGAGCGUAUGUCUUGAAAAGACGUGCGUCUGCCUCCAGCACCUCUGCACCUCCACCUGCAGCCUCCACAUCAUCUGCACCUCCACCUGCAGCCUCCACUUCCUCUGAAGCCUCCACAUCGCCUGCUCCACCACCUGCAGCUUCUGGAACUGGUGCAUGGAAAAAAUCAAAUGUGAAAGCGCUGCUGGCGAGUGGCAAACAUUUAUCUCCCUCCACGCUGGCAAGAAAGCUGAUGGCACCAGUUAAGUCCUCUCCAGCUCCGAAUACGCCUGCAAACCCCAGGACCAAACUGCAGCUUUUUGAUGCUUUUGAGGAUGAGGAUGAUGAUGAUGAUCAGGAGCUGAUAUCUGCUGUAUCCCAAUUCGAAGCACAGCUAAAUACAGCUCUUCCAACGACUGUGCGUGUAGAGUCCUGUGCUGAUCCCCUUCCAGCAGCCAUACCAGAUCUUGAUGAUCAUCAGCCACCAGCUGAUCUUCCCGGUCCCUGGAAGGAUCAGCUUCCACGUUUCCAGCAGGAAUGGAUUCGGCGGGCUUUAUUCCAAGCAAACCCACAAACCGGCAAGCGAGAGCUGGUGCCCAAUGUGAAACUUUGGUGGUAUCCUCCUCAGCCCCUACUCAUUCACACCCAGCCUCCCGCCUCACCUGACCACUUCUUCGGCCGGCCGCUGUUCUUGUGGAUGCCACGCAAGAUGUUUAAGUUUCCCCUCGUCUGCGUUCGUCCAGCCUGUGGCAAGCACAAGCUCACAGCAGCAGGACUCUACCAGACAGUUCGCCAGGUGUUGGACAUCGACGGGUGGCAUGACCUUGCCACUGAGUACCUGGAAUGCAAAGGCUGCUCAAAGAAGUAUCCUGCUUGGUCCGAGGACAUCUUAGGACAGCUGGACAUGGGCCAUCGCAGCCAGUUUCCAGCUUUGCUGACCUACAGAUACUCGUGUGACAUCCGGGUGCUGCGGAUGAUGAGGGAGAGGACCAUGGGCAACAGCUCGACCCAGCUGUACAAGAAGCUGCAGGAGCAACACAGCGAGAAAUGGCUGCAACGUGUCCUGCAGUACUUGACGGCUUGUGAGCCUUUCACAAGCCUUUCUCUCGUGCACCCCCCUGCCUUCGCUAAGCCUCCUGAGCUCCCUGACCUUCCCAAGCCUAAGUGGCUGUUGGCCGUCUAUGCCAGGGAUGUUCUUGCCAGACUUCAUUUGGUGAAGGCCAAAAUCACUUCCAUCUUUGGCUCUGUGCUCAAGAUGGACUCCACCAAAAAAGUCACCAAGAAGCUGUCUGGUGCUGCUGCAGGUACAGCUGCUUGGUGCACAAAUGUGGGGAACGAGCACGGUCAGGUUCUUGUCUCCGUUAUGACAGCCGGCGAGGGACAAGCACUUGACGCCAUGGCAGAUGGCCUAAUGAAGCGGUACAGGGAGGCAGGCGAGCCACAACCAAAAAUUCUGUACGUGGACAGAGACUGCUGCAGUCAGCAUGGCCCUUUCCGGACGAAGACCAUGUUUGCUGAGUGGGACGGGCUUCAAGUGCGCCUUGACAUUUGGCAUUUCAUGCACCGGUUUGCCGCAGGUGUCACGACAGAAGCACACCCCCUCUAUGGCAUUUUCAUGGCACGCCUGUCCACAUGCCUUUUUGAGUGGGAUCCGGAGGACGUUGCUGCUCUUCGCCGUGCCAAGGAGGGUGAGCUGACGGCACGUAGGAUUGGCCACAUCUCGGAGGAGGCGGUGACCACUCGCAUUAGGCGGAGGGAGUUGGCACGGCACUGCAGGAGGAGGACCAGAGGGGUGGAGGAGACCACCAGACUGAUUGGGUCAUUGAUCAGUCUGUUCGACAGCGACAGUGGGAAGGACACUCUAGGCGUUCCUCUGCUGGACCACCAACGUAUCCAGCACAUAUGGCAGGAGCAGGAGAAACACGUGGCCUGCAUCCAGGACCCAGAGGACUUCCAGCUCUACACAAAGACGGGCACCCUGAACAAAGGCGGUGUGGAGCUGUGCUGCUACAGAUGUGCCCGUGGCUCUACCUCGCUUGAGUCCUUCCACCUCCACUUGAACAGGUUUAUUCCAGGAACCAGUGCCAGUGAUGCGCAUUUCCAGGCGUAUCUUCUUGAAGGGCUGAUGCGCUGGAAUGAUGACCGGUUGGAGGACGCCGUGAAAGGUUCACCUUCCGUCCGCUCUUACGGCAGCACCCUGAGAGAGGCAGUGGACCAGCUCAGCCGACAGGUGCUAGGGACAUGCUGGGAUGAGCGCUAUCGCACUCCUGGAGCGUACACAGGCAAGAAAUGAUUCCUCAUUCAACAG